AUGUAUCGCUUCAACCCGGUCCCACUCCUUCCCGGCUCACUGUACGCCCGUGCCAUCAAAACUGGCGAACUGGACCCCCCCGACAUCAUCAUCGAGUAUGAUUCAGACGAUGGACCGUGUCCACCAUUUCGGUUUAUGAAGUUGCCACAGGACGUUCAACUGCAUGUGCUGGGCUACCUGGACAUACAGGAUCUCCAUAACGUCCUCCUGACAUCGAAGGAAGUACGCGGUGCUGUCGGUGCAUCAGAGUCCCCGGAGCAGCUCUUGCGCACAGCCACAACCAAAGUCAAGGGCGCUCAGAUCAGCAACCUCAUGUUGGCUACUGUGCGUCUCCUCCUCCACAUUGUGGCUGGUGAUGGAUCUCGAGGACCCGCUGCCGAGAGCAUCUCGCGUUGCUUCGAGGAGAACUUGGACUCGGACAUGCCGCCGCCCGUACUGGCCGCAGGUGACGAGCUGCUUUCAGCUACCACGAUUCUCUGCAAGCUAAACUCUCAGUUGGCGAAGCUUCUGAAGACAUACAUCAAGGACAAAAAGCUAGGCGAACACUCCUGGCGCAUCAUGAAGAAGGUGCAUCGCCAAACCCGGGCAUUCUGGAUGCUCGCGUUCCACGAGGCCCUCUACUUCCAGUACGCGCCUCACUUCGGCUACGACAUCCAGGACCAGAGCGCCACCUUCUUCUACCGCCUGGCCAAGUUCGAGCUGAUGGAGCUUGCGGACGUAGCAGACCACAUGAGGACCACCACUCUCUUUACAUCAAUACUCCCAGAGGAAGUCAUCGAAGCCAGUAUGAGGAUCAACAACAUGAACUUCCCAGGGUUCCACUCCGCUCCUACUCUCCGUAGAAGCAAGAGUACUCGGCUUACAACUUCCGCCAUGAUGACGCACCAUGAGUUCUUCCGCCAUAUUGCUUUCCGUGCGAGAUGGGGUGAUGUUGGCCAUGAUACCAAAGUGAUCAAGAACUGGGAUGAUUUUCCGGAGUCGAACACAGAGUCUCCUCGUACCCCUCCUAUGGACCAGGAUGAUCGCUACUGCUACACAAGGAGGGUUAUACACCACUGGGUUUAG